AAAUAAAAAGCAAAAUUUUAAGAAUUUUGCUUAAAAAUAUAAAAUUACAACACAUUACACUAUUUUAAACUUGAAAAAUAAUCACUGCAGAUUUUAGAGACAAAUCAAAUCAAGUUACAAUGACCCAACAGAUAGACGUUAGAGCUAUAAUAACUCACAUAAUCUGCGGCGAUGGGAGAACAAAAUGCAGAAUUUGUAUGCGAGAUACUAAAGAUGGUCUGGUUCUUUUGGAAGAUACAGUUAUGAUGGACGGAGAAAAAGCAGUAACUUUAUCGGAAGUUUUGGAAAUCGUCACUGGAAUAGAGGUGGAGUCAGAUGACACUCUGCCAGCUGGCCUGUGUUCGUCGUGUACCCGGACUGCACUCAGUGCUGCAAACUUUCGUCUGUCCUGUCAAAGAGCCGCCAGGCAGUGGAAGGCUACGAUUGAGACACUAAAUAGUGUGCCAUCAAAUAAAAACAUAGCAGCUGCGAUUGUGUAUAAUAAGGAUGUGAUACUAAUCGACAGAAGUAAAAGGCCCAAUAAUAUAUUCCAAAUUCGUUCAGCAUGUGAUAAAAGUAUAGCACCGAGAACAUUUAAAUGUACAGAGUGUCACAAGGAAUUCUUACACCCGUUUAUGCUGUUCUAUCAUUUAAAGGAAUCUCACAAAAUCCAAGCAUGCUAUAUUUGUGGUGAUCUUAUGUUAAGGGGUGACUUGGUGCUACAUACAGCUGGUACCCAUAAUAGCAUAAUCUUUGAUUGCAAAAAAUGUCCUUCACUGUUACUGUCUGAAAAGCAAUUCAAAGAGCACAGCAAACAUGCACAUUCAGUGAACAGACAUGGCUUGGAAAGUUGUCAAUGUGAAUUUAAGGGAACAUCGCACAUUCAUUGUUCAAUUCAUCAACAAAAAAAGUGUUCAAACUGUAGUACAGAAUUCAUAAAUGAACCUUGUCUUCGGUAUCAUGUUGAAAUUUGUCACAAGCUAAACAAAACUGUAACAACUGAAGCAAAUAUAAGUUAUAAUGUAGCUGUGAAUAAUCCUGUAACUGUGAAUAAUAUUGCAAGCAAAAAAAGAACAAGAAGCAAUGGCAGUUGUAUAUGUGAUUACUGUGGAAAAAGUUUUGCUGGCAAGAAAUUUGUGUCUGCACACAUACAGAUCGUACAUUUAAAAAACACCCAUCGGCCCUGCUCAUAUUGUGGCAAACUACUGGCCGCUGCCCACAUGACGGAGCAUGUCAAGAGACACCUAUCUGUUCAGACAUACACCUGCGAUGACUGCGGCAUUGUCCUAAAAACUAAGUUGGGCUAUGUUCAGCACAGGAGACUUCACACCGGGGAGAAGCCCUACACCUGCAAACAUUGUGGAGAAAGCUUCUCGGCGUCUUCCCGCCGGUCGGAGCAUGUGCGACAGAAACACAACCCAAAGCGGAUACUUUUGAAUCAUGCCUGUAUACUGUGCCCUGCUAGAUUUCGAUUGCCAUACAGACUGCAGAAACAUUUGCAAAAUGUGCACAAGAAUACAUCAGCUCCCAAAAAACUGUUCAACUGUGGCGAAUGCCAGGAGAAGUUUGAAUCUCGGCGUGGACUGUUGCACCACAUCAGAAGAAAACACCAGCUACUUAAUAUUUGGAAUAAAAGCAGUAGUAUGGAGUGGGACAGAGAGCUCCCCGCGGUGCUGUGCGUCGCGUGCGCCGCCGCCGCCGCUUCCGCCUACCACUUCCGAAACCUCUGCCUCACCUCGCACUCCACCUGGAGGACCAUCCUAUAUAAACUGACUAACGCGAGUGUCGUGCCCGAUCAAAAGAAAAUUUACCUUUACCUCGACGAACGGUUUUUGGAGGAAUCGAAUAUGGAAGUAGCAGAGGAAAAAUCUAGCUCGGAGGAGUGUCACAACAAAAUAAGAAAAUCGAACGGAAUAAAGUGUCCGGGACUCGAGUGUCCCGACUGCGGCAAGAAGUUCGACGCGACCGGUCACCUGGACAAACAUUUGAGGGGAUCGACGAGGAGGGCGUGCUACCGCUGCGCCAGGAUCGUGCCCCGCGACGGGCUCGCGGACCACCUGCGGGGAGUCCACGACGUGCGCGUGUACGAGUGCGCCAGGUGCCACAGACUGUUCGACGAGCCGGCGCAGCUGAGCCGGCACACGGCGGAGUUUCAUCUGCUCGAAGAUUGCCAGUGCAAAGUCUGCGGGCAGGGCUUCAGAUGCGAGAGGUCGCUGCGGGCUCACGAGUACGCCCACACGCUGUUCGGGUGCGCGUCGUGCGAUAAAACUUUCGAGAAUCGGAAGUGCUUCCUGUUUCAUCAGCUCGAAUGCGAGCAAAAAGUCUCGCCGAAGACGUACGAGUGUCACGACUGCGGGGCCGUUUACUCCCGGAAGCCGUCCCUGAAGAUGCACAUGGUGUUGAAGCACUCGGUCGUGCCGUCGUACGUGUGCCAGGUGUGCGGCAAGCGCUCCGCCACGCUCGCCCACCACAAGACGCACGAGGCCGUCCACGAGGAGAGGAAAAUAUACAGCUGCCACUGCGGCGCCACCGUGGGAACCGCGCUCGGAUUCAAGAUGCACCAGCGGAUACACUCGGGGGAGAAGCCGUACGAGUGCCGGGAGUGCGGCGAGCGGUUCCUGUCCGCCUCCCGGAGGUCGGACCACGUCAAGAGAAGGCAUUGGACCUCGAAGGAGAUGGCCCACAAGUGCACCCAAUGUGGUGCUACUUUUCUUAGGCCCUUCGAGUUGAAAAAACGCGGAGUGUGCGCGACCUGCACGGAGCUCGCCACCGGCGCCUACCGCUUCAGAUCCCUCGUCAGAAGAUCUCAGCGCGCCUGGGAGAACUGCAUCGAAUCCCUCCUCGCGCUGCCCGACGCCUCCCCCACGAGAGCGAUCUACGCCCUGCUGAAGGAUAACUUAUCUCUUCAGUCGAUUAUUAAUUUCGAAGGGGAUUCGAGGGCGUUCGUCGACAACCUCGCGAGAGGCGGCGGCAGGGAGGCGGAGAGGAAGCAGCGGCAGCGGAGGAACGGCCCGACCAGCCUGUGCGUUGACUGCGGGAAGACCUUCCCCAGCCCCUACUACCUCGGCGUUCACCUUCGUAACAGCGGCCAGAAGGAGGCGUGCGCGCUGUGCGGGGCCAUGACGCUGCGGGGGCGGGAGAUGAGGGACCACCUCGCCGUCCUGCACGAGACCGAUGCGUUUCUGUGCGGCGACUGUCCGAUGUUGUUCCACACCGAGGCCGAGCUGGCGACCCAUAGGCGGCGGGACCACGGCCCUGGCGCUCUGACGUGCCCCGACUGCGGCCGCACCUUCCAGCGGAAGGCCUCCUUCGAGGUGCACGCGCAGAUGCACGCGGUGCGGACCUGCCGCGCCUGCGGGGCACAGUUCGCGAACCGCAGCUGCUACCGCGAGCACCGAGCUCGCUGCGAGCCUGACGCCAAGCCCGACCCGCGGACGAUCCCCCGCAACCGUCGCUGCAACGUGCGUGACCCGGCCACCUUCACCUGCGACUACUGCGGCAAGACCUACCGCUCCCGCCACCAGCUGAAGAACCACAUCCUCUGGAUCCACAUGGACGUGCGGCCGCACCAGUGCCAAUGGUGCAGCAAGCGGUUCUACACUCCGGCGCGGCUCGCCGAGCACUCGGUGGUGCACACGCGCGUGCGGAACUUCGAGUGCGACAUCUGCGGCGCCAAGCUCGUAUCCAAGAUGGCGGCCGUGUACCACCGGCGCCGCCACACCGGCGAGCGGCCCUACGAGUGCGCCGACUGCGGCGAGCGGUUCAUCUCGUCGUCGCGGCGCUCCGAGCACGCCAAGCGCCGCCACAACCGCGGCGCGCGCCUCCCCUGCCACGACUGCCCCGCCACCUUCGUGCGCACGCACGAGCUCAGGAAGCACGUCGAGAAAGCCCACGGCGCGGAUCCCGCCCAGACCAACAAGCUCAAAGAGCUAAACUUGUACAAUGUUGAGUUUGUGAAAUAAGUUGGUGCCUAAACAUUUUUCUGACAAUGAAGAUUAACAAGCCCCAAAUUAAAUUAUUUUUUACCAUGUUUAAAAUAUAAGUAUAAUGUA